AUGCUGGUACCCAAAAGGACAUUGAAUUAUUUCCAAUUCUAUUCAACGAAAUAUAUUGUCAUUUUCCUUUGUACUAUAUUUUUCAUAUAUACUGAAUUGGGGUUGGCACCAAGAUUACAAAACAUUAAAUUCAAAUUAGAUAAUCCUCAUAUUUCCAAAAGUUAUAUAGAGGAUGAAGUUAUUGGUGGUUGGGAAUGUAUCAUAUUGAGUGUUCUAAUUAGUAGUAUUGUUGUGUUUUGGUAUUGUACCAUUGGUACACCAUCAUUGAGGAAAACUAUUAGUAGAUAUAAUAAUAAUAUUCAUGAAGCAAUCGAAGCUAGUUAUGAUGAUGAUGAUGAUGAUGAUAAUGAUAUGGAAACAUAUUCUUCAGUUAGAUGGGUCCAGAAUAAAUAUGUUCAUUUUUUACAUUUAAGUUUAAUUUGUUUGCUGAUGGUUAUUACAAUCAAUGGAGCCAUGACGAAUUCAUUGAAAUUAAUUAUCGGUAAUUUUAGACCAGAUUUUUUAGCAAGAUGUCAACCAAAACCGUUGGAUGAUGAACAGGCAAGUGUGGAUGGAUAUUAUGGGUUGGAUAUAUGUCAGCAACCGAAUAAAUAUAUACUUAUAGAAGGGUUGAAAAGUACACCAAGUGGACAUUCUAGUUUCAUUACUGCAGGAUUGGGAUUCCUGUUCGUUUGGCAAAGUAAAUUCAUUGUAGGGCAUUAUUUGAAGCAUGUAUGGUGCUUAGUUUUGAUUGUUAUCGUUAUGAUCGAAAGAAUUACUGACCAUAGACAUCAUUGGUAUGACGUAUUGAGUGGAAGUCUUCUCGGUUGGUUAAUCAUAUGGGCCUGUUGGAGGAACGUCUUCACUAAACAAUUGAAAAGACGCUCAUUACUUCCAGCUCCUGUAACAGCAUCAAUGGAUUAA